GGCACUGCACUGCAAAUCAUCUGAGAAUUGCUUUGGAAGCAGAGCAGAGUACUCGAACAGAAGAGCAACCGAAGACUCUGACUUCAGUGCUCCUUCUUCGUCAAGUUCCUCCGUCUCUAGGGCACACGUCAGCGCGUGUGUGAUCCAUAGCUGACGAAGAUGGAGAAUCCGAUGGAGCAGGUAGAGCCAAGGGUCAAUUUCAGCGCCGGAGACCCUCCAAACCCUCACACUCACGACAACGGCAACAGCUUCCACCACUUCCAACCACCACCCGCUGGCGAUUCUGGAUACGCUCUCAACCAUUCCAUGCCUCGCCCUCCCCGCAAACGCCCUUGGCAUCACUCCAACCAAGGAACUUCUCCCCCAGAUCCAGUGGACGGUGUGUGCCAUGUGAAAGUUUAUGUUGCACCUGUUCCAAGAACGGCAUCGGAGGCUGAUAUUCGCCUCGUAUUUGAAGUACAUGGAACUAUUGUUGAGGUUGUUCUUUUAAAAGAUAAGAGAACUGGUGUACGGCAAGGAAGUUGUUUUGUUAAAUACGCAACAUUAGAUGAAGCUGACAGGGCUAUUAAAGCUUUAAGCAAUCAAUAUACAUUUCCUGGGGAAUCAUGUCCUGUUGUUGUCAAAUUUGCUGAUCGAGAACUUGAACGGCUUGGGGUUCUACGUAACAUGGAAAAGAAAGAUCAUUUAGAAGAGGUGGUUGAUAAAGUUUUUGUUAGUUCCUUCAACAAAGAAGCUACAGAAAAGGAAAUUGAAGAAAUAUUUUCCCCUUAUGGUUAUGUAGAAGAUAUCUUCUUGGCGCAGAAUCGUGGAUAUGCUUUUGUAAAAUUUUCUAACAGAGAAAUGGCAUUGGCUGCAAUCAAAGGGCUGAAUAGAACCUUCACGAUGAGAGGUUGUGAUCAUCCAUUAAUUGUUCGUUUUGCGGAUCCUAAGAAACCCAGGAUUAGAGAUUCAAGGGGCAACUUUUUAUCUGUGAAUGCAAAUUUUGGUCCUUGUUCUCAAGAACCAGCCGUAUGGCCACUGCCAAAUUUUGGUGAUUCCAGUGGUGGAGGAAAUAUUAUGAAUGUUGCCCCGCAUCAUUCCACAAUUGCACACCCACAAGUUACUUCUCGUAUGCAAAACUGGGAACCUGGUGCUACUGUGGUACAACAGCCAUAUCCUCCCCAACAAGUGCAUUCACAGUUGGCUUCAAUGACUUUGGGGUCAUUUCAAACUCCAAAGUUGUCUUCUCAAACAUUUAUUACCGAGGUGCAGAGACAAUCACAUACUGCAGAUUCAUCAGUUCAAAAUAUAGAGCAGCAUCUUAGUUCACAGCUGCCUACUCAGACUGGAAGCAACCCUCAUACAGUUGCUGGCAAUACCCCACCUGAUAUGCCUACAAGUCCAGAAGAUGAAGAUUUUCCAGAGUGUGACUGGAGUGAACACUACUGCCCUGAUGGUUUUAAGUACUACUACAACUGUGUCACUUGUGAAAGCAGUUGGGAGAAGCCUGAGGAGUAUGCCUUGUAUGAAAAAGAAUCUCAGAAGCAGCAAGAGCUGGAGGAUAGUAGCUGUAGUCAGUCACAAUUGUCGUUAUGUUCCUCCCAACAAGUUUCUCAAAGACAACAGGAAACAAAUCAUGACCACCGGCAGUCAGAAACAAGUCCUGUUGUUGGAUAGGUGUGAUGUUAUUUAUCUUGGGCAACUGAAAUCACAUCGUUCACAAUUAUUAUUAUUAAGUGACCUUCAAAUUGCUACAAAACUAGCCUAAUGUUUCCUUAUGAGGUUCUGCGUUUUCUUACUGCCUCAUUUGUUUAUUUCAAUGGCUGUUACUAAUCUGUAAAUGGGGAUUUUGUUGAUUUCCUAAACGCCCAUUUACUAGCCUUGUAUAGGUUAGUACUUCUUCGUUGAUAUCUAGAUUAUCACAUGGCUUAACUUUUGGGAUAUACGAAUCUCUCAUGAUUGUAAAACUUACUCCCAGAAUGAGACUUUCAGAGUUUCAAAUGUUUAUGAUACCCUCAGCCCGACUUUUGUGUUUGUGGGAUACUGUGGAGUCUUGUUUUCAGAGUUUUAUGUUCUUACAUUGCUUGUGAGUGAGGAACGGGAGAUUGAUUAAAGCCCAGGGGGCUUGAUAAGAUAUGUGGCUCCACUACCACUGUAGGGACUGCAAAUUUAAGAAUGGGUGGCCACAUGGUAUACGUGUAAAUAUUCAACGCAUACAAAUAAUUAUUGUCUAUGUUGGAAUUGAAUUUAAACAUGAAUGGCCUUUUCUGCU